AUGCAAUCGAUUAUACCAAAUCAUCAAUUAACACCAGGCGUCUUUCUUUGGUAUGACGGACUGCAAUGCCUAUACAGCACGACACACCUCGAACCACAAGUUAAACUCCAGCCAGAUGGUCAAUAUCGAUUAAAUAUCAAAUUAUGCGUUAAUCGAUGGUCGACAAAAGAUAUAAAUGAUUUCGUAAAUGGCAAAACACGAAUAUAUCCACACGAUGCUGUACGUGUCAUUGAAAUCCUUUUGAAACGUGCCAUUCAAGUCGUGAAAAACAAAUGUUAUUUUCUUGCUAAACCGCGAGUUGAACUUCAUAAUGGUUUUGAACAACAUUUUAUCCAGCGACAAUUAGGCUCGGAUCGAAUACCGACAAAUCUUGAUUUUCCUAGAUUGAAUAAUCUGCUACGAAAUUGUAUCAUUCUUACUAAACAAUCCGAUUGGAAAACAGAAUAUGAAUUUGAUAGUUUCGAUUCUCGGCGUCCUCAUGAAAUUAUCUUCGAUUCAGGUGAAGCAAUGACCGACUACUAUGGACGAUUGAAAAUUCAGCUAACAAAACUCGAUCAUCCUUGCAUACAAGUCUAUCGAAGAAAUUACGAACGCCCAUGCCAUUUACCCUUGGAGCUUCGUAAAAUCAAAGAGUGGACUAUUUACAAUAAACCAUUACAGCGUAAACAUGAACAUGGAACGCAUAUUGUUAUUAUGAUAUCAAAGACACAUUGCAAGAGUGUGAUUAUAAUUCCAACGCAUUUUGUCAAACAAUGCUCGACUUUUACGUCCACCAAGUAUUCGAUCAGGUCCUGA